UAGCAACAGCUGUUUCAAUAUUCAUUUCAAAUUAAAUGUCCAUCGAAUUUGAAUAUGAACCGAACUGAGGUGCGUGCAGCCCAUGGAUGAAAUGGAUUCAAUCGUGGAAAAUGGAUAGAAUAUGCAAGAAAAUGUUAUAAACACUGAUAUAGUUGUAUGGUUUGCAUAUCAUUAAUAUUCACUGGCGAAUAUCUUACAAAAACUCAAUGAGCCUGGCAUGACCUUGCAGUUGAAACAUCAUCAACUCUUGAAGUGGUUGGUGAAAUGAUGUUUGAACCGAAUAAAACGGCACUGGAGAUAAUCAGAGGACAUUGUGUGAUUUUCAACGGCAAUAUGAUGCAGAACAAAUAGAAUUAGUAAUUAAAAAAACGAUCGACGAAAUAAUAAAUGACAUUGCAUCAUUGUUUGGAAAAAAUUGAAACGGCCCUAAAGAAGCAGCAAUGUGCCGAAGAUUCAUCAACAGCUCUUCGAUGGAUGCAUUUGCAACAGGGAAAAUGACGGCCGCAUCACAUUCAAUCACAAAUUGCAUGCAUCGAUCGAUAUCCAUUUUAUUGAAUGUGCCUUAAUACGGAAAGUGAAUUAAUUAAAAUGGUUUGACAAGUGCUUAUGAAGUGAUAAAUCAAUCAAACAAACUGCUAUUAAUAAAACUCAAAGUGGAAAGCAAUUUUUUCGUUAGUGCCUAAAUAAUAACAAGUUAUUUUCUUUUACGCGUAGCAAAAAAAGAAAACACACUUAAAUGGUUGCUGCUCCGUACGAGAUGUUCAAUAUGGGAAAUAAAACACACCCACAACAGUCCGACAUAGAGAAUUUGAAACAAUAAUUAAUUAUGUACCAAUAGUAGCCAAGUUAUUUGUGCCCUUAUUGAUUACGACAAUGUGAAAUACACACGGUAAAAUAGAAAAGUGAUUGAGAUUGAAACGUGGACAAAGAAAAAACGGUUCGAAUUGAAAACAGUGUGUGCACUGGCGGGGCAAAUGAAUAUUACGAUGUAAAAUAUGUCGGACAUAAAUGCACCCAUUCAAAUACCGAGCGAGUUGAAUGUGCCAGAACCAACAAGUGAAAAUGAAACAAUUGAACCAAUUAAGCCGAAAUCGGCUGCUACACCAACAUCAGCACAAAGUGCCGAUGGAAAGGAAUAUCCAAAGCAUCGACUGCGUAAAGAAAACAAAUCACGGAGUAUGUUCAACUUUUCGGCAACACCAUUGCGUACGGCCAACGAUGAGGAGCCAAAUGAAGAGAAAGAAACGAACGAAGAAGGACCGCCGGUGAUAAAAUUAUCUCCAGCAUCCUCCACAUUUCGUCGAAGUGCCGAACGACAGUCGACUGCUUCGUUGGAUCACAUAGACAAAUUAGUGGUGGCGACGACGACGACGACCGCAACAGCGGAGGAACAAUCAGCUAGGCGGCAAAUUAGCGCCAGUAUAAAUGAAAUGAAGUUGAGUGUUAACCGUAAACGUGCCAAUUCCUUGGAUCCAUCGCCACAUAACGAUCGAGAUGACGAUGAAUUCGACGAACUGCGGGUCAAUGGCAAUACUGGGUCACAGCUACGCAUCCGUUCGUCGAUUAUAUCAUUGUUUGGGCGCAUGGGGAAAAUGCGACGCACCAGCCAUGUUUCGCAGAAUUCGGUAAAUGAUAAUGGUGAAAGUAACGAUCGUUCUAUUCCAUUGCGAGCACUCCCACAAAUUGCUGCUACGAAAAUAAUGCGCGCAUUUAGCUACGUUGUACACGAACGACGAAUACGUGCAAAUAACAAGGAAUACAAUUCACAGUUUAAAUAUGCCAAUAACUACAUAAAAACCUCGAAAUACACGGUCUUUACAUUUCUGCCAUUCAACUUGCUCGAGCAAUUCCAAAGGAUCGCCAACUUUUAUUUCCUAUGUCUGCUACUGUUGCAACUAAUACCGCAAAUCUCUUCGUUAACACCCGUUACAACUGCCAUCCCAUUGAUUGGUGUGCUUGCAUUGACCGCCGUCAAAGAUGCCUACGAUGAUAUUCAACGGCAUAUUUCUGACAAUCAAGUGAAUAACAGACGAUCGAAAACACUGCGAAAUGGCAAGCUGAAAGAUGCAAAAUGGUCGGCGGUGCAGGUUGGCGAUAUUGUCCGCAUGGAUAAUAAUCAAUUUAUUGCGGCCGAUGUAAUGCUAUUGUCAACAAGUGAACCGAACGGAUUAUGCUACAUCGAAACGGCCGAAUUGGACGGUGAAACCAAUUUAAAAGCCAAACAAUGCCUGAGCGAAACAUCCGAAAUGGGACAGGAUCAUGAGCUAUUGUCAAAAUUCAACGGGGAAAUUGUGUGUGAACCGCCAAAUAAUAUUUUAAAUAGAUUCGAUGGUACGCUUAUUUGGAACAAUCAACGAUAUCCAGUCGAUAAUGAUAAGAUUCUGUUACGUGGUUGUGUCUUGAGAAACACACAAUGGUGCUAUGGUGUUGUUAUUUUUGCGGGCAAAGAUACCAAACUGAUGCAAAAUUCCGGGAAAACCUCAUUCAAAAGCACCAGCAUCGAUCGAUUUCUAAAUUAUAUUAUAAUUGGUAUUGUAUUAUUUUUAAUAUCGAUAUGCUUCUUUUGUACGAUUGCGUGCGCAAUUUGGGAAAUGAUGAUUGGACAACAUUUCACGGUGUUUCUGCCAUGGGAGCGAAUAAUUCCCGACGAUCCGGUGCGUGGCCCAACAAUUAUCGGCAUACUAGUAUUCUUCUCGUAUGUAAUUGUCGCAAAUACGGUUGUGCCAAUCAGUUUGUACGUUUCUGUAGAGGUAAUUCGUUUAGCUCAGUCAUUUCUCAUCAAUUGGGAUGAGAAAAUGUAUUACGAUAAGAAUGAUACGCCGGCUCGUGCCCGAACCACAACGCUUAACGAAGAACUUGGUCAAAUUCAGUAUAUCUUUUCGGACAAAACUGGCACACUGACGCAAAAUAUCAUGACUUUUAAUAAGUGUAGCAUUAAUGGACGCGCAUUCGGCGACAUCAUCGAUUUGAGCACCGGCGAAAUUCUUGAAUCGACCGAACCAUUAUCAAAACAUCAUACUCGUCAUCAACAAUUGUCAUCAUACCAAACAGACAAUCAUGAAAAUCAGGGCGGACCAUCAAUGUCAGAACCAUCAAUAUCAAGUGUGUGCUCAAGUCAGUGUUCGGAUAGUUGUAGAGAAACAUCAUUAUCAUCAUCGUCAUCAUCAUCGUUGCCUGUGACAAUUAUGGAGCACUCGAUAAACAAACAAACACAAUUCGAAUGCGAAUGCGACCAACGACAACAACAACGACCAAUUUUGAACGAUUUAAUCAGUAUGCAUAACUAUAAUGCCAAUAAUUCGGCGACCACGGCCGAAACGAAAAGAGUUCAUUUUAUUGAUUCGUCCACAUCGACCGAACCAAGCUCAUUGUCGCUACUAUUCGAACAAACGACGCACAACAGCGAUCCAUUGGGAUCGAACCAUAAUUUGCGUCCGAUCGACUUUUCAUUUAACCCGGAAUUCGAGCCGGAAUUCAAAUGGUUCGACACAUCUUUGGUGGAUGCGGUUCAGGCCGAUGAAGAACAUACACACACCUUUUUUCGACUACUCGCUCUGUGCCAUACUGUGAUGCCUGAAUACAAAGACGGAAGACUGGAAUAUCAAGCGCAGAGUCCCGACGAAGCAGCUCUUGUUUCAGCAGCCCGAAACUUUGGAUUUGUAUUCAAAUAUCGAACGCCCAACUCAAUAACCAUCGAAGUUCAAGGUCGAACCGAGGAGUACGAACUGCUUAGUAUAUUGGACUUUAAUAAUGUUCGAAAACGAAUGUCGGUCAUUCUGCGGCGAAACGACAAAAUUAUAUUGUAUUGUAAAGGUGCUGACAAUGUGGUCUACGACAGACUUAACUCGGAUCAAAUUGAACUUAAGGCGAGAACACAAGAACAUUUGAAUAAAUUUGCGGGAGAAGGGCUGCGUACACUUGCGUUGGCUGAACGAUACAUCGAUGAGGAAUUCUUCUACGAAUGGAGAAAGCGGCAACAGGAAGCAGCAACCUCGUUGAAUUGUCGUGAAGAUAGACUCGGUGAAAUUUAUGAAGAGAUCGAAUGCGAAAUGAGCUUGAUUGGUGUAACAGCUAUCGAGGACAAAUUACAGGAUGGUGUUCAACAAGCAAUAUCGAACCUACAAAUGGCAGGAAUAAAAAUAUGGGUAUUGACUGGCGAUAAACAAGAAACUGCUGUCAAUAUUGGUUAUUCGUGUCAUUUAUUAACCGAUGACUUAAUUGAUGUGUUCGUGGUUGAUGGGACUACCCAAGACGAAGUUGAAAAACAAUUAAUCAAAUUCAAAGAGUCCGUCAAAAUUGUAAACACUUUUCAUCCAGCGAAAACGCACCGCAAAAGUUUGAUUGGCAAUUCGAUGGUAGCCAAUGGGGUGCAGCAUUCGAUACCAGCGGGAGGUCAGUUGACGAAGCUUAAGAACAAUCAUCCGCCUGCCGUUUCAGUGGUCACAUUUAGUGCAGAUGUUGCCACUCUGUAUCGUGAACAAAAAGAUCCGGAAAAAUUGGAGGAGCUUGCAGAAGAGCUGAGCAAAGAUAUUGAUGAAAAUUCCGGUUUUGCCAUCAUUAUCAAUGGACACUCUUUGAUCCAUUGUCUUACGCCAGAAUUGGAAACUAGAUUUAUUGAGGUUGCAUCUCAAUGCAAGGCUGUGAUUUGUUGUCGUGUGACACCGCUGCAAAAAGCGAUGGUCGUUGAGCUGAUCAAACGAACGAAAAAAGCGGUCACACUGGCGAUUGGAGAUGGUGCAAAUGAUGUGUCGAUGAUAAAGUCAGCCCAUGUUGGCGUCGGCAUCUCGGGCCAAGAGGGCAUGCAAGCGGUUUUAUCGAGUGACUAUUCCAUUGCGCAAUUUCGGUAUUUAGAACGUUUGCUGUUGGUGCACGGAAGGUGGUCCUAUUUUCGCAUGUGCAAAUUUUUGCGGUACUUCUUCUACAAAAAUAUCGCGUUCACAUUCGGUCAUUUUUGGUUCGCUUAUUUCUGCGGUUUCAGUGCACAGACGGUUUACGAUCCAAUGUAUAUUUCGGUCUAUAAUCUAUUUUAUACAUCACUACCGGUGCUAGCACUGGGUGUUUUCGAGCAAGAUGUAUCGGAUAAGGAUAGCAUCGAAUUCCCAAAAUUAUAUACACCCGGAUUGACCAACGAAUUCUUCAAUGUGAAAGAGUUUAUGCGCAGUGUUAUGCAUGGCCUUUUCAGUUCGUUGGUCACAUUUAUAAUACCAUGGGGCACAUAUCGUGAUGGCAUUGGACCGGACGGGCUAGUUUUAUCUGAUCACCAGACAUUGGCUUCAGUGAUGGCAGCCGUUCUCAUCUUGGAUAAUACGGCUCAAAUUGCUCUCGACACAACUUACUGGACAAUCGUCAAUCAUAUCACCAUUUGGGGCAGUGUGGUUGCCUAUUUCGUGAUGGAUUAUGCCUACAAUUAUUAUUUGGAUGGCCCAUAUGUUGGUGCUUUGAUGAAAGCUAUGGAAGGAUACAACUUCUGGUUCACAUCAAUGGUUUGUGUCAUCAUUCUGAUUUUGCCCGUUCUCACAACGCGUUUCUACGCACACGAUGUGAAUCCAUCGUUGGUGGACAAAAUCCGUUUGAAACGAAAAAUGCAGAAGAAAACCAAAAGCAGCGAAGAUACAACUCGAACACCAUCCGCACGACGAGCUCGACGAUCACUUCGGUCUGGCUAUGCUUUUGCCCAUCAUGAGGGAUUUGGUCGUCUUAUUACAUCUGGUAAAAUUAUGAGAAAAUCGCCACAGGAUUUCGCAUUUCCAUUGGGCUUGGGAACGAAACGGUAUCAACAACAAAACGGUGAUGGACCGUUACCGAAUAGCGUAAACAAUCAUAUCAACGGAGACGAAGACGCUAACUCAAACCGAAACUCGACUGAUAAUCGUCGAUCAUCACAAGAUCUAGACACAAUUAACCUUUAAAAAGUUAAUUUCCUUGUGAAUGAAAAAAGAAGAAUUUACAAAAACCUAUUCUCUAUUCAUAGAGACACAAAUAUUUUCACUAUUUUUGUUUUGUUUAUGGAAAUAGAAUUUGAGAAAAAAAAAGUCUCUCUCUCUCUUCUCUAUUCAUUAUUUGAUUGUUAUGGUGAGAGGAAUUUAAAACUUGUUACUUUCAUUUGAUCUGCAUUGUGAAGAGAAAUGUAUUUAUACAUGUGAUUUGAGUAUAUUUUUUUUUAAUUUUUGUUUAAAUAGUCAAGUUCAAAAGAGAAAUACGUUGUUUUGGAUACUAUUUAGAUGAUAAGUCAACCUUGAAACGCUUACAGAAAUUUCAAUUUCUGCAGAAAUAUAAUUUAAUUUAGUAAUAUAUUCUUAGUUAAAUUAUAUAUAUAUAUGUAAAUCAUAUCUUGUUUUUGUUGACAGUUCCCUUAACUUUUUAUAGAAACUAAGAGUGAGAAAAUGAAUAUUAUUAUUUUUGUCGGA